AUGGACGCCUCCUCCCUCCGCAUCUCCAAGUUCGAUGGAACUAACUUCCACGCCUGGAAGUUCAAGAUACAGAUGGUGCUGGAGGAACGGGACCUAUGGGAGGUCGUCAGCGGUGAGAUCAAGGCGGAACAGUGCGAGACUCAGUUGGACCAAGCGACGUACAAGAGGAAGUCAAGAAAGGCGAUGGCAGUGAUCUGUCUAGCCAUGGAAGAUUCCCAGCUACCGUCGGUCCGGUCGGCAAGUGGUGCAUGCGACGCAUGGUCAAGGUUGGAAGACCACUUCGAGAAGAAGAGUCUUGCCAACAAGCUGUUCUUGCGCCGUCGCUUCUUCACGACAAUGAUGGAAGAAGGCGACGAUGUACUCGAACACAUCAACAAGCUCAAGACGCUGGCGGAACAGCUAGAAGCGGUGGGGGCUCCAGUCUGCGAGGACGAUCUGGUGAUCACACUUCUCGGCAGCCUGAGUGACUCGUAUCAAUUCUUGAUCACAGCUUUGGAGUCGCGCUCAGACACUCUUAGCUGGGAGCUCGUGACGUCUCGACUGCUUCAUGAAGAAAUGAAGCGGAGGGAGCAAGGAAGUAAAGGUGAUGAAGCUUCGCAAGGUCAAGCGUUCAUCACAAGGGACAAUCAGCGCAAAGGGCGACCAGUGAAGAAGUCCUGGCCGUGCCACAAUUGCGGAAAGAUUGGUCACUGGAUGGCGGAGUGCCCCUCGCGCAUCCAAAAAAACACGGAGAGACACCGGCCACAGCGUGCUCAAGACAGCGGCGACCGCUAUCGAUCACAACGUGCAAACGUCGCUCAAGAAGAAGACUCGGGCGACUACCUCUUUUCGAUCGGUGAAACGACAUCUGCGAAAUCGAGCGACAUCUGGCUGGUCGACUCCGGGGCGACGCAGCACAUGACGUGCUCCAAGAAGUUCAUGCGGAACUACAAGGGGUUUGACGCUGUGGAUGUCCAUCUCGCGGAUGAUGGAAUCGUCCAAGCAAUCGGCAGUGGGGACAUUGUCAUGUCGAUGAAGACACCCCAAGGGAUGAAGAAAGGUGUGCUCACAAACGUGUGGCACAUCCCAAAGUUAUCCAGAAACCUGUUCUCGGUCGGCCGCUUCACCAAGGAUGUCGGCCCAGUGACGUUCACGAAGGAUGGGUGCUAUGGAGGAAGCGAAAGGGACCAAGUGGAAAAUUGGUGCCCGUGA